CCCAGCGUCACCAGCUUCCACCAGACUGCUUCCCAUACGUGUGUUUAUUCGAUUUAAACUUAGUUUUCUUGUUAUGCAGUUGACUGCUCUUACAAAGUCCUUGAACGUAGCACAAUGGGAGAGAAAUCGGCUGCUGGCGUCCGCACUCCCGCAAAGAUACCAACCACUGCAAAGAAGGCGCCUUCGACGGGCAAGCAACAGAGCAUCCUCGGCUUCUUCUCUAGGACAGGCGGAGCCGGAAGCACCAAUGGGGCCAGCUCUUCGCCAUCCACGAAGCCGGCUUCCACAAGCAAGAGAGACACGUCGCCGCGAUGCCUAAAAGAGACCACCAGAGUCAACUCGAUGCUCGCGAGGCGUACCACGACAGUCACACCCCUCCCAAGCAGUGAUGCCAUCGAGCCCUCGAGCUCUCAAGAAAACAGAGAUACGACUACAGUCAAGUCCGUUGCCGACGAAGAGGCAACCCUACACAGCAGCCCAUCUCGAAAGGCAAAAAAGACUGUCAACUAUGCCGAAUCCUCCGAUGAGGAUGACGACGAAAUUUUCGCUACGCUGAAGGCGAGACGGUCCAGACAGCGGCGGCCCCGCGCUACAGUUGCUGACGAGGACGACGGAGACACAUACGAGGCCGACGAGAAUGAUUACGAGGAAGAUGAUGAUGACCUGGCGGACUUCGUUGUCUCGGACGAUUCCGACGCGCCCUCUCGGACAAAGAAGAGGAAGCGCGGGGCAGUUAAGCCCACUGGCCCACGGAAAAAGGCCAAUCUUUCUUCUUCACCCAGUCCUGAUAUGCGAUCCCCGUCGGCGGUUGAUGAUGAGGAGAUGUUGGAUAUCCCCCCGUCCACAUCGACCGCGCAGAAAUGGAAGUAUGACCCGGAUAGCAUCGGACCCAGUGAGCCCGCGUCUCGGGCUGUCCCUCCGACGCAAAAGCCAUCAGGGCCGAAGCCGAAACCCAAAGCGCACACAAAGGAACCCGAGGAACGAUACCCAUGGCUAGCCAACAUUCUAGAUGGCAACAAAAACCCCCCAGGGCACCCGGACUUUGAUCCCACGUCGAUCUACAUACCCCCAAUGGCCGAGCGGGGAUUCUCGCCAUUCGAGAAGCAAUACUGGGACAUCAAGAAGAACCUUUGGGAUACCAUCGUCUUUUUCAAGAAGGGAAAGUUCUACGAGCUCUACGAGAACGAUGCCACAAUCGGGCACCAGCUAUUCGACCUCAAGCUUACGGACCGCGUCAAUAUGCGCAUGGUCGGCGUUCCCGAAAGCUCGCUAGACAUGUGGGUCAACCAAUUCGUGGCCAAGGGCUACAAGGUUGCACGCGUCGAUCAGAUGGAGUCCGCCCUGGGCAAGGAAAUGCGUGAGCGCGAGAGCAAUGCGAAAAAGGCCGACAAGGUCAUCCGCAGGGAGCUGUCGUGCAUCCUCACGGCCGGGACUCUUGUGGACGGCAGUAUGCUGCAGGAUGACAUGGCCACGUACUGCGCGGCUAUCAAGGAAUCCGUGGUCAAUGAUAAGCCCGCAUUUGGCAUCGCAUUUGUCGAUGCCGCGACGGGCCAGUUCUUCCUCUCUGAAUUUGAGGACGACGUGGAUCUGACAAAGUUCGAAACAUUUGUUGCUCAGACGUCACCUCGUGAGUUGCUUCUGGAGAAGUCCCGCUUGUCCACCAGGGCCCUGCGCAUCUUGAAGAACAAUACCGGACCAACCACCAUCUGGAACUACCUGAAGCCGGGCACCGAGUUCUGGGAUGCCGAGCUCACCAGACGGGAGCUGGAAUGCGGCGGGUAUUUUAGCACCGAAGAGGGCAAGGAGGGGGUGUGGCCCGAGAAGCUCAACGAGGCGAAGGACAAGGACUUGGCCAUGUCAGCUCUCGGAGGCCUAACGCACUACUUGCGCCUCCUGAAACUCGACCAGAGCCUGCUGUCUCAAGGCAACUUUACGUGGUACAGCCCGAUCCACCGGAACGGCACCUUGAUCCUGGACGGCCAGAGCCUGAUCAACCUCGAGAUUUUUGCAAACACGGUCAACGGCGGGCCUGAAGGCACAUUGUUCAAUCUUCUAAAUAGGUGUAUUACUCCGUUUGGAAAGCGCCUCCUCCGCCAGUGGGUUUGCCACCCGCUGUGCAGCAUUGAGAAGAUCAACGAGCGGCUCGACGCGGUCGACAUGCUCAACGCGGACCGCAGCAUUCUGCAGCAGUUUUCGUCCCAGAUGGCCAAGAUGCCGGACCUCGAGCGGCUGAUUUCACGUAUUCACGCCGGUGCAUGCCGGCCGGAAGACUUUGUCCGCGUUCUCGAAGGAUUCGAGCAGAUUGACUACGUAAUGGGGCUGCUGGGCGCUUUCGGCGGCGGCAACGGCCUGGUCGACAAACUCAUUGCCUCUAUGCCCAAUCUCAAAGAACCCUUGGGGUAUUGGGAAACUGCCUUCGAUCGGAGGAAGGCCCGGGACGAAAAACUGCUCAUCCCUGAGAAGGGCAUUGAGGAGGAUUUCGACAACAGCCUGAACGAGCUUGAUCGGAUCAGGGACGAGCUGCAUGCCCUGCUUGAGAGACAGAAGACGGCUCUCAAGUGCAAGACACUCAAGUUUACCGACGUAGGCAAGGAGAUCUACCAGAUCGAGGUCCCCAAAGCGGUCAAGGUCCCUGCGAGCUGGCGGCAGAUGUCCGCCACGUCGACCGUCAAGCGCUACUACUUCAGGGAACUAGAGGACCUUGUGCGAGAGCUCCAGGAGGCCGAGGAGACGCACUCCCAAAUUGUGAAAGAAGUAGCGUCGAGGUUCUUCAAGCGGUUCGACGUCGACUACGAUAUUUGGCUGCAAGCGAUCCGCAUCAUCGCGCAGCUAGACUGCUUGAUCAGCCUCGCCAAGUCUUCGUCCGCUCUCGGCACACCCAGUUGCCGUCCGGUGUUUGUCGAUGACGACCGGAGCGUGAUCGAGUUCAAGGAGCUCCGCCACCCGUGCAUGGUAAACACCGUUGCUGACUUCAUACCCAACGACAUCAAGCUCGGCGGCGACGAGGCGAAGAUCAAUCUUCUUACGGGUGCAAACGCAGCGGGAAAGUCGACCAUCCUCCGCAUGUCCUGCAUCGCCGUCAUCAUGGCGCAAAUAGGCUGCUACGUCCCGGCGUCCUCCGCCAGGCUUACCCCUAUCGACCGCAUCAUGUCACGGCUGGGCGCCAAUGACAACAUCUUCGCGGCCCAAAGCACCUUCUUCGUGGAGCUGUCGGAGACCAAAAAGAUCCUUUCCGAGGCGACGCCGCGGUCUCUCGUGAUCCUCGACGAGCUCGGGCGCGGGACGUCGUCGUACGACGGCGUCGCGGUCGCGCAGGCCGUGCUGCACCACGUCGCGUCCCACAUCGGAUGCGUCGGCUUCUUCGCCACGCACUACCACAGCCUGGCCGCCGAAUUUGCGCACCACCCGGAGGUCCGGGCCCGCCGCAUGCAGAUCGACGUAGACGAGGAGCGGAAGCGGGUGACGUUCCUGUAUCGGCUCGAGGACGGCGUGGCGGAGGGGUCGUUCGGCAUGCACUGCGCGGCCAUGUGCGGGAUUCCCGGGCGGGUGAUCGAGCGCGCCGAGGUGGCCGCCCGGGCGUGGGAGCACACCAGCCGGCUGAAGGAGAGCUUGGAGCAGGCCAAGCUCGGAUGUUACAUCCCGCUGGGCGUGCAGAGCGACGUGGCGAGCCUGUUGCGGGAAGAUGGAGAAGAAGAAGUGGGGGAGAGGGGAUUGGAGGUCUUGUUGAGGGCUAUCGAGGCGCUCUAAGGAGGAGAAACGGUUCCGACGCUUAACCAGGGAAGUUGCUUACGGUUGGUUGCUGGAGAUGUUUAUCUGCUGUUGCGGGAGGCUCGGCUUAACGGUCGCAGGGAAUAACGGUAUUUUGGAUGCUCUUCUGCUGCUAUUCAUAGAAAUGGUUGCAACUGUAAUUGCUUCGUGGGCAAAGCAAUUUAGCUUCACCAGAGGCUCGGUCGGCAUCCCUGGAAGGGACGGGAAGUAAUGUAAUGGAGGGAAUACAUGGCGGACUUGCUUGAUCUGGGACACGGACCUGACUGAUCUUGU